AUGGUGGAUGUUCCAGCAGAUCCACAUACAAUUUUGACUAAAGUAGAGAAUAUAAAUGGAGAACUUACCAACAUACCAUACAGAGAGGCUGUAGGUUCUCUAAUGUUUGCUGCAGUAGUGUCACGUCCCGAUAUUGCAUAUUCAGUGGGAGUGGCAAGUCGUUAUUUAAAUGCUCCAUCUAAGACUCAUUGGAAUGCAGUAAAAAGAAUUAUAAGGUAUUUAAAAAGUACGAGUGAACUUGGAAUUUACUAUUCAAGAGAGGAUAAACUCCAACUUUCUGGAUUUAGUGAUUCAGACUAUGCCAGUGAUGAAGAUACUCGUAAGUCGACCACUGGAUACAUUUUCAAACUCUCUAACGGUGAUGUAACCUGGUCGAGUAAACGACAACAAGCUGUAACGCUUUCGACGACUGAAGCAGAAUAUGUUGCAGCAUGUCAGGCAACGAAGGAAGCGAUUUGGAUUCGCAGAUAG